CAGCUGAAGCAGUGAAGAAUUUGCAUAUAGCAGGCUGUAACACACACAAGCCUCUGCACCCACAGGAGUCUAAAGAAUCCAGCCAAGAACAGGACUCUGGCAACACUGAAGUAAUUUGGUUAAGAUGGAGAAAUCUGAAGAAGUACCAGAACUGAAAAUGAUUUGCAACACAAAUAAGUCAGGAAAUUGCAUUCAGCCUUUAAACCCUGAAGUCACAGUAAACCAGAUAUUUCAUGCAAGUCCUUUCUGUGAUAAAUUCACACCAACCUGUUGCAGUGAUGCAGAUUAUUUCCACCAAAGUGCACAUAAAGGUGGACAAAAGGUGGAAGUAAGGAGUCAGCCAGCUUGUCUUUUACAGCAUGUAGAGCUGAGGCAGCAAAGAGAGCCUGCAGAUCCUGGAGCGACUCCUGCCAGGAUGAAUCUCCAUCAUCGACCCCCUGAUGGCUGUUGCCCACGUCCUGCUGCAGACAGACGUCAGGGUGACACAAGAGGACAGUGCUGUUGUUGGGACUGUAGACCAAAUCAGUGCGGAACAACAGGACAAACAUAUAGGGGGGAUGAUGAAUACAAUUCUCAGCUUCAGAGUGAUGAAGAGGUAGAACUUGAGCCUCCUCUGCCGCUGAGAUCUGACGAUGAGUUGCAACAUUGCAGCCCCUUUUUACCUCAUCACCACUACAUGCACAACGACGUCUUUCAUCAUACUACGGAUGUCAGGUAUUACCACUCUGCAGGAGAAAGUCAGUACAAUCUCAAUCCACACCAACCUCAUCCAUGUCACCAGCACAGAGGUCCCUGGGCUGACUCCCAAAACUGGCUCAUACCUCAUGAUAAUUUCAUGAAUGACAGCACGGCCCGAGGAGGUGUCUCAGUAAACGUGCCACAGUUCUCCGUCCCCCCUGUAGAGAGUGUGUCUCAGAUCAGCGUGAUGAGCCUGAGCUCAGCAGGAGCAGAGGCGUCUGCCUCACAUCCACAUGAGAAAAGACAAACCAUCAGUCUGCCUAAUGAGUGCCGAAACGUCUUCAUAACCUAUUCCUCGGACACGUCUUCAGAGAUGGUCCCCUUCAUAGACUUCCUCACGAAGCAAGGUUUCCAACCAGCUAUUGACAUAUUUGAUAACCCCAUUAGAUGCAUGGACAUCAAUAAGUGGAAGGACAGUUACCUGAAAGAUCCAACAACCCUGAUUAUCAUCGCCAUCAGUCCAAAGUAUAAGGCAGAUAUUGAAGGAUCUGUAGUGGACAGCCAUGGUCUACACACUAAAUAUGUUCACUCCAUGAUGCAGAAUGAAUUCAUCCAACAAGGCAGCUUGAAUUUCAGAUUCAUCCCGGUUCUCUUCCUCAAUGCAUCCCAGAAACAUGUCCCACGUUGGCUUCAGAACACGCGUGUAUACCGCUGGCCACAGGACACUGAGGACUUGUUACUGCGGCUGCUGAGGGAGGAGAGAUUCGUUCCUCCUCCUGUGCCAAUGGAGCUCACCCUCAUCAUCAGGCCUGUGACCCCCAGUGCUGCAGCUACACUGUAAAGACCAUGUUUAUGCAUGUGUGUGUGUGUAUAUAAUACGUUUGAUGUUUUGUCUUUUUUCUCUCUCUCUCUUUUGGAGCUUCAUACAGCUUGUGUAUUGGGGUGUAUGUUGUACCUAAAGUACAGUAAGUUUUAAGGUUCUUAAAAUAAAGCUUAUUUUAU